AUGUGUUUAAAACAAACAAUUGUCAAUGAACUGAAUACAAAAAACUUUAAACAAACAUUGUGUUUAAUUAUUCGAUUUUUAAAAUAUAUGUGAAAGACUAAAACAAACAAAAAAUUAAUUAAUCAUGUGUGAUGCCGCUCGAGCCCUCUUGGACGAACUUAUGGGAAGGAAUCGAAACGCCGAUCCUACAGAAAAGAGGAAAGAAUUAAAUUGGGAGGACCCCGAGUACUGCAAAUACUUCAUAGUCCGUUUCUGCCCCCACGACCUCUUCACAAACACCCGUGCAGAUUUAGGGCUCUGCCCCAAAAUCCACGACGAAGAAGCCAAAAAACUCUACAAAAACGCUAAACCAAGCCACAGAAAAACCUUCUACGAAGACGAAUUUCUCAGAUUCUGUCAAAACAUGAUCGGGGACGUUGAUCGCAAGAUUGUCAAAGGCAGACAAAGAUUGGCUCUCAUGAAUAAAUCCGAUGGUGAAAAGAUUACCCCGGCACAAACUAAACGCAAUCAGGAUCAGAUCAAUAUGUUGACCGAUAAGAUUGCCCAGUUGGAGAGGGAGGCUGAAGCGGCAGGCACGAGAGGUGAUGUUGAACAGGCGCAGGGGCUUAUGAAGCUUUGCGAUACGCUGAAGGAGGAAAAAGAAGGGUUGUUGAAUCAGAAUGAUAAUAGCCAUUGGAGUAUGACAGCAGAGUUAGCAGCUGCACAAGAGAAACAAAUGGAAGUGUGCACUAUUUGUGGGGCCUUUUUGAUUGUUGGAGAUGCCCAACAGAGGAUCGAUGACCACUUAAUGGGAAAACAACACUUGGGGUAUGCUCGCCUUCGUGAAGCUGUUGAAGAAUUGACUGAGGAGCGUAAAAAGGAGAGAGAGUCUUUAAGAGAGAAAGAAAGAGAGAGAAGGAAACGAGAUGAAGAAAAGGACACAAGAAGGCGAAAGGAAAAGGAGAGGUCUAGAGAGAAGGAGAGAGAUGAUAGAAAAAGAGACAGAGAUGACAAGAAAAGGAAUAAUCGUGAGAAGCGUGAUGACUAUGAGAGAGAGAGGGACAGGAGUCGGAGAGAUUACAAGUCUGAACGAACUUGUGGGGUUCAUCCCAUCGAGAGCGCCAUAGAAGUCGCAGCAAAACACGUCACCACUAAGAAUCUCCUUCGUCUCCGUUGUUGUCCUCCUGUAGAUACUCCAGCACCACUUCUUUUUCUUCUUUGCCGAUUUGCCUGGAACCUUCAAAUUAACUUUAGUAAGAGACCCACCUACCAGAUUAAAUCAUAUUCAGCUAAGGAUUGGGGGAGUAAGACUUUUGGUGCCAGCUUUCGUUUUCUUAAUCCAACAGGGUAA